UCACUACUCACUACCUCUACCUCUACCAUUCUCGUCACUCUCUCUCUCUCUCUCUUUCUCUUUCUCUUUCUCUCUCUCACACACACAACAUACAGAUUACAGAGACACUAGUCCUCUACUAUUCAUAGGCCGAAGAUUCAAGUAGAGCCUAGAGAGAGAAACAGAUUGUGGUCGUACAGUACAGCCAAAGAAUGAAAGAAAGUCUAGAGAGAGAAAGGAAGAAGCAAGAGAUAUGUACUGAAACGAAAUAUAACAAGAUCACGAACCGUCCUGCGCUAUUUUAAAGACCAAAAAACCCCUCAUCAUCGAUUUCCGACGAUGACCGAUCCCGGUUUCCCUCUGAUGCCGGUUCGCCACCUCGACCCCGCCGCUGAGGAGUUCUUCCCCAACGCCUCACCCCAAAUUUACUACACCUACCCACCGUCGCCGGUCUACGACAGCAUGGUGUACCCACGGCCGCCACACUUCCCUCCGUACGCGAUAGAGCCCCCUCCGCCGCUUCCGGUCUCCGUCCCUCCGCCGUCGCCCACGCCCUCCCGGACGCUGCUCCUCAGCAUGGUGCCGGCCUCCGUGAGCGAGUCGACGGUCCGCCGCGAAUUGGAGGUGUUCGGCGACGUGCGGUCCGUGCAGAUGGAGCGGCGGCGCGAGGGUUUGGUGACGGUGCACUUCUACGACGUGCGGGCGUCGCAGGCGGCGCUUGUGGCGAUCCAGGACCAGCACAUGCAGCAGCAGUUCCGCCUCGGGCGCCACUACGAGGCCGUCCUGGCGUCGCCGAUGAUGGCGGUGGCGCCGCCUCUCCCACCGCAGAGCGCUGUAGGACUCAUCUCGGGGCGGGUCGUGUGGGCCCAGUUUGUGACUCCGGUCACCUCUGGCCUCCCCGAUGGGAACAAUCAAGGAACCCUCGUUAUUUUCAAUUUGCGGCCAGGCUUUUCCGCUUCUUACCUCAAAUCAAUUUUCGAAGAAUUCGGCCCCGUGAAGGAAUUGAGGGAGACACCACACAAAAGGUCCCAAAGAUUCGUGGAGUUGUAUGAUGUUCGAGAUUCCGCCAAGGCCAUGGCCGCCUUGAACGCCACCCAAAUCUUGGGCAAAAACGCCGUCAUCGAAUUCAGCCGCCCCGGUGGCCAAUGCAGGACUUUCUGGAACGGACCUGCUCCUUCCAGAAAUCUCAAUCCCAUCACUGCUUAUUCUCCCAGAAAUUCAAACAGAUGCUCGCGCCCUCUACCGCCGACGCCGCGGGCCGGCUGGAGAGGAAACCCUAGUGGCAGCGAUGGGAGCAAGAGCUCCAGCAGCGGAUCGUCGCUUCAUGGAUCGCUCUCCAAUCUCUGCAUUACUGGAUUUGAGGAAUGCUCUAAUAAUAGUAAUAGGCGCAUUAAAAAGACUGCUUCUAGAAAAGGCAACGGAGCUCCGUCUAGUAGUGCUGGGGAUUCGAAGCAGUCGAGCCAUGGAGGCAGGCCGUGGAAAGGAGGAGGAGCUGGUCGGCGGGGAAAGGAGCAUGAUCCCCGGUUUCUCAUAAAUGAAGACACCAUAGUGGAAUCCAAUUGCAGGGAUUCAAGAACCACUGUCAUGAUCAAGAACAUCCCUAACAAGUAUAGUCAGAAGCUGUUGCUGAACAUGCUGGACAACCACUGCAUCCACUGCAACGAGCAGAUGACCGGCGGCGAUGACCAGCCCUUGUCCUCUUACGACUUCGUCUACCUCCCCAUUGAUUUCAUCAACAAGUGCAAUGUGGGGUAUGGGUUCGUGAACAUGACUUCUCCAGAGGCAACAUUGAGACUCUACAAAGCCUUCCACCACCAAAGCUGGGAAGUUUUUAACUCUAGGAAGAUCUGCCAAGUCACUUAUGCAAGAUUGCAGGGACUGGAUGCUUUAAGAGAGCACUUCAAGAACUCCAAGUUCCCGAGCGACGCCGAGGAGUACAUGCCGGUGGUGUUCUCCCCGCCCCGGGAUGGCCGGAUGCUCACUGAUCCUGUCCCGAUAACUGGCUGCUGCACCGUGGAGAGCCCGCUCUCGUCUUCCACGACCAGCUCCAAGGCAAAUCAGUCGGAGCCACACAGUGACGGACUCAACGGCCACCACAUUUAUGAUGGUGACGACUACGACCACGACGAGGGUGGCCACGGUGGUGGUUGCAGUUAUGACGACACCGAUGUGUGAAAGCUACUACUAGUGGCAAUGGGCAUUGUUGUGGAGCUUCGAGCCCUCUGGGUUAUGGCCAUGCAUAAUGUGUGUGUGUGUGUGAGAAAGAGAGGGAGAGCCUUAACCCAGAUAAGCUACUUAUAGGAUCGGAGAGUGAGCCUAAGGCGUGUCUUUUGUAUCAUAAAUUUACUUAGAAUUUUAGCGAAAUAGGAAUUAGGGCUUAUAGCUUCUGGGUUUUUUGUAUCUCAUCGUUUUCGUCUUUUCCUUCAGUCUGUAGCGAGAUAGAUAUGGAGUUUAGUAGAGACACAAUUGCUUGCUGUUUUCA